GCCGGGCACACGUUGUCAUGUCGCUACGGGGAACAUAGACACGCACGUAUUGGGAAAUACUCUUCGUGAAUUAAGUGUUGUGUAACUUUAGUGUUGUGCUCAUUCAUCGAUAACUAUUGAGUAAAGUUGAGUGUUAUAAAUGAUCAAGAUGAAAAGGAUUUGUCAUCUCAUCUUUCGAUUGCUGUUUUUACUUGAUGGUGGUGUAUGGUCGCUCCGUAAUCUAUCGAUAUCAGUCCCCCGCGCGGUCCUGUCAGGGGAGGGACAAGCAGCGGUCCUCCGGUGUUCCUACGACCUUGAAGGCGCGGCUCUGUACUCCAUACGAUGGUAUCGAGCAGAGACAGAGUUCUACCGAUAUGUGCCACGGGAAAUGCCUCCAACCAUGGUCUUUCCCCUGCCAGGUGCAUCUGUUGAUCUGGCAGCAUCAGACCACCAGCAGGUUCGCAUAGUGAACCUGAACCGGCGCCUCAGUGGUGACUACCAGUGCGAGGUGUCGGCGGACGCGCCGCUGUUCCACACGGACAUACGGUCAGCACCGCUUACUGUUGUUGACCCCCCCUUCCGCGCCCCCCGCCUCACCGUAACGCAGAGGAACUACGCUCGCGGUGACGUCAUCAAGGCCAACUGCUCUGUGGACGAGUCCUACCCAGCAUCCAACAUUACUUGGAUAUUGGAUGACCAUAAGAUAGCAGAAACAGUAUCCUGGCGGACUUCAGACCUGGAUUUCAAGGAGCGAGGGGCGUUCAGUCAUCUGGAGCUGACCAUUCUGGAAGCAGAGCACUACAAAGUGGGCCUGACGUACACCAGCGCAAGCCUGAACAGGAUCUACCAGGAUCAUUAUGUGUAUGGAAGGGAGGAGACUGACGAUUUGAAUGUUGUUAGGUACACCAUGGUGCCACCAGAGAGCGGUCAGUUCACGCUUGGCUGCGUGGCGACUCUCUUUGACAUCUACGCGAGGCAGAGCGAGGCGGUUUACAUAAAGGAAGACACUCCGCACCCAGCAUCUGUUACUGGGGAAGAUUCUUCAGGCAUAACCCAGAGCUACAGCAUCAUUCUCACGUCCAUUUGCGCAGCCGGUGUGAUCUUACAUGCGUUAUGAUUACAUGUCUCCAGCAUAGCUAAGAAUACUGAAUGUUGUGAUAGAUAUUAAAUAACGUAGAGCUAUGUUUCGAUAUGUAUGAUAAGCCUGUAACAAGUAAAGUAUUUAUCCUGAUUCGUUAUGGAAUCUACGAAUUCUAAAUACCCAUCAGUCCCCUGGGCUUAAUAAUAAUUACCACCAUGGUAGGUAGAUAUUUAAAAGCGGACAGUAAAUACUUUACGUGUAACAGGCGCCUAAAGGUGAAUACAGACAUUGGCUAACGGAAAUGUCUUUAUGAUGAAAUAAACAGAUAUGGAAUAUAGUGACGUCACAGGAAAUUCUUAAACGUAUGGCCGUUCUUGUCUCUUCUAUGAAGAAGAAUAGAGAUUAUUCAAAUGUUGAAGAUUCUUCUCCUGUUUCUUUGUGACUCAGGAAGAAUAAAAAAUUAGCAAUAAUAUUCACGCUUCUGAAUAAAAAUUCAUAAGUUUUAUUAAAUUACGAGUAAAGCCCUUGUCUGUGUUACACCUAAGUGCCAAAAUGAAUCCAAAUUGUAUUUAUAUAAGAUUUAUUUUACACCAAACAUGUAGACAUUGUAAUGUGUAAUCGGUAAUAAUUACGUUAUAUGAAAUGUGAUAAUAAUGUUUAAUGAUUAAGCGCAUUGAAUACAAUAAUCCCUUGGUACGUAGGAUCAUUUAGAAAUCUGCUUCAUUUAAUACAUUGUGACUUCUUUGUAAGUAUGAUAGACUAGCUCUCCACCCACGCGAGGCCCGCGUUUUCAAAGAAAAAAACCCGCAUAGUUCCCGUUCCUGUGGGAUUUCCGGAUUAAAACCGAUCCUAUUCGUUAAUCCACGUUACACCGUAUAUUAUAUGUGCUAAAUGUCAUUGUAAUCGGUUCUGUAGUAUUUGCCUGAAACAGCAACAAACAUACAUACACAUACGUCCAUCCACACAAACUUUCGCAUUUAAAAUAUUAGUAUGAUUUAUUAUAUUGCACACCUUAUUGAAAUGUUUAUUCAAUUUAAUUAAGAAGGUGUAUCAAAAAAAAAACAAUCUUACCCAAUUUAUUUAAAAAUUUAAUAUUCGUCUAUUGAAAGUUGAUUGAAAAAAAGAUAAUUAGUAAAGAUACAAGAAGACCGAAGUGUUUAAUUUUGUACUCAUUCUAAAAUAAUGUUGACUUGCUUUUAUUAUCUCAUAAACUUAUUAACUAACUGUUUAAAAUAUUGUAUUUAAAUACAGUUAAUUAGAUUACAAUACCUACUAUAGAGCUUUUUUGUCGAAUACAGGAUGUUCAAAAAUAAUUUUACACCUACGUACCAAAGGAUGUUGAAGGCACCAUAAUUAAAAUAGAUAAUAAAAAUAUAGUUAUUCGUUACGUUUGUACAUUAUGUACGAGAUUAUUAUAUUUGUGACAAAAUAAAUACGUAAAAACAACAAUAAAUAAAAUAAAGUUUAAUACCCUGUUUGAACAACUCUCACGUGAUGGCGGUCGGAGUAAAAAUAUUGUUUAAUAUAAAUCAUAACACUUAAUAAAAUUACACAUUUGUCUGGUUGUUAUUAUAAUCGUGAGAUUUAAAAUUUAUAUUUAUUUAUUCUAUAGUUUCUGUGAAAUGUAAGUAAAUUAUUUAGUCUGUCAUUUGUUAUUAUCUAAAAGACUUAUUAUUUGUGAUGUUAAAUUAUUUUUAUAAAGAAAAUCGUUCAAUGGUCGACUAAUGUUAUUCGUGAAACAAUUGUGCCAAAUUAAUGAAUAUGAAUAAUAUUCUAUCUCUUUCACAUUAAAACAAUUUGAUGUAGAAGAAAGAGAGAGGCGAUUAGUUAUUUGAUUCAGUAGGUUGAAUGUUUUGUCACGUUCAAUCAAUUUCAAAGGGUCACUUGAGUGAUAAGGACAAAAAAUGUUAUAGCUAUUGAAGGCUUUUACAUAAUAUUUAUGUAUGAAUAAUAAUAAUAAUGAAAUGCAUUUGUUCAUACCUAAUUGAUCAGGAUAAAGCGGCAACUGCCUGAUUUAUAAGAAAACAUAAGAUGUAAUUGUUAUUUUUAAUGUAAUGUUUAAAAUACGUAAUUAUUUUUUGUUAUUUUUUAUGGAUCUUGUAUAUAUUGAUAUUCAUAUUAAUUUGCGGUCUGCAGGUAUACGCCGUGCUUUGGAAUUUUGUACAGUUGGCAACGAAGGUUGAUAUCCUAGGUCAAUAGAAAUAAUACGGACAAUAUUGUUAAAUUCGUCAAUUUUGCGUAAACCCUGUUCGCCAGUGUACUAGAUAAGAUAUUACUUAUUUGAAUGUUAUAAAAUAAUAUAUGUGAAUAUGUAAAUAAAUUAGUUACUCAAA